AUGGCAAAGAAGAGGCCAUUACCAACACCGGGAAAUGGUGAUCCCAAACGACCCAAAUCGAUAUUCCUGAAAUUAACAGGAUUCUUUAAUCUGACAGCAACAACCACAACACCAUCAACAACCAUCUCAAUUCCACGCAAUGACUUACAAGAUGAUUCAAGUUCUGACGAAGAAGCACCGGUUGAAUUUCAAGAAGAACAGGAAUCUGAAAUACAAUAUAAUUCAUAUUUGGAGAAUAUACAAUCAGAUUAUAAUACUACCAUUAUCUCUCCACAACAUCAACGAGCAUCUCAGGCGAGUGAGUCGAUUUUGAAAAAUAUAAAUAUUCAACAGGAGUUAGAUAUGAUUAACUCAGAUAGUCAGGAAGAUGUGUUUGAAGAAGCUAGGGAAUAUGAAAGCCAACUAGUGGAUCAGAAUGUGCCUUCCCGAUUUCAGACUCCACGUGAAGAUGUACCAGCACAAUUUGAGACUCCUCGCGAGGAUCUACCAGCACGAACUCAGACUCCUCAUGAGGAUGUACCAGCACGAUUUCAGACUCCUCACGAGGAUAUACCAGCACAAUUUCAGACUCCUAGUGAGGAUGUACCAGCACCAUUUCAGACUCCUCGUGAAGAUGUCCCACAAGAACAUACAACAGAAUUGGACAUUAUCCUUGAUAGAGAAAUCGCGUCUCUAGGAGCCAGUCCGGUAAAUUCAAGUCAAGAGAGUCUUAUAGAGAUUUCAAAAGACGAAUUAACUAUUGAUGAAAUUGAGAAAUUCAACAAACUACAUUCCAGACAUGAAGAUACUCCAAGAAGAAGAAAUUCUCAGCUCCAAUCACCUCGAAAAACUAUCGAGUCACCAAUCUUGGAUAGAAACAACGUAGCACCAAUAACACAACCACAUUCUCCUCAACAACGAACAAACUACUACAUUUCUCCCGCUGCCAAAUCUAAAAGUCCAAUAAAUCAUGGUCCACUUUCGAUAUCUACUCCAGUACGAAAACAUCCAGGCGGGGCAUAUCCCCAAUCACUGCCACUAGGUGCCAAGUCAUCAAGACAACAUUCCCAACCGCCAACACAAACUCCAAAUAAACCAAUUCCAUUUCCGUCACCAUCCCGAAUUCAGGUUAUGGAAAGCAUACCACAAGCACAACCAAGUCCACCAAUACAACAGAUUUCAUCACCACGACCAUCUUCUUCGCGAGUUGAGAGUCUGACGAGGAUAACAGAGGUGGAGGAGGAGGGGACGAAGAAGAGGCUGAGAAGUGCGACUGAAGAAGCACAACCGAAGUUGUCAUUUAGGGAAUUGUUGAAGAGGAGGAAGAUGACCGAGAAGCAGACUAAGGCCAAGGAAAAGGAGAAAGAGAAGGAGAAGGAAAAGGAGAAGGAGAAGGAAAAGGAGAAAGAGAAGGAGAAGGAAAAGGAGAAAGAGAAGGAAAAAGAAAAGGAAGAUGAGAAGGAAAUGGAAACGGAGAAGGAAAUGGAGAAGGAAAAGGAGAAAGAGAAGGAGAAGGAGAAGGAACAAGAGAAGGAGAAGGAAAUAGAGAAGGAAAAGGAAAAGGAUAAGGAACAGGAGAAGGAGAAGGAAAUAGAGAAGGAGAAGGAAAUAGAGAAGGGGAAGACAAAAGCAGUAGAAGAGUCUGAACAAAUUAUAGCGGAGGAGACACACGAGAGAACAAUAGUGGAAAGAUCCGAGAGAAUUGAAGUCGAGAAACCAUCAUUACAAACAGAAGUUCUGCAGGAGGAGGAGCGAAAUGCAAGAAAUGAAUCAGAAAUCGAACAGACAGAAGAGGGUGAGAACGAGCCAGAAGCUAACGAGACGAGAAAUGUUGCGUCACAGAUGUCUAUUGGAAAUAUCAUAAACGAUGAUUCACAAGUCCCAACCCCUGCAGAAUUAGUCGAAGCUGCCCAAGUAGAGAGUAGAAGAAUUGAUUUAUCUACAUUAUUAAGACCUUCAGAACCUGAACCUGUAGUAGAAGCAGACGUCGGAGGAAAUGUGCUACAUCAACCAGAAAAUGUGAAUGAAAUCGAGGAACCACCUAGAGAGAAUGAAACAACCAAUGCUGGGUCUGCUGAGAUUACCACUCCUACUUUGUCAUUGAAUCAUAUUGUUAAUGGGACGGAAAGUAGGAAUUCUGUGGUUUUAGAAUAUGCAUUAAGUAGUCUGCAACCUGAAUAUAUAUCAGGAGAUGCCAGUCAGCAUCAGUCGGAACUGGAAAAAAUAGAGAUGUCAGCGGAGCAAAAUGGCACAAAUUUGACCAAGGAAAGACAGGAGGUGGAAGAUGUAGGCAUAGAGGCGAGGCGUCGCGUAGGUCCUUCAUUACCUUUAGAAACUAGUCAAGAAAUUGCUCCUGAGCCAUUGCAUGAACAGCAACAACAACAACAAGAAGAAGAAGAAGCAACUGUCCAACCCCAAGAACAACAGGAAGAAAUCACAACACAGACCACACCCACUCAACCGCUUCUGACACUCACCCAAGACCAAUCCACAACACCACUGCUCACAAAUAAUACUUCCCAACCACAACCACAACAACAAAAUCUGGGUCAAAUCACACCUGAAGAUCCAAACAUCGAAAUCCUUGAUGUAGGAGUAUUAUUAAAACGUCCAUCUCCAGUUCCUUAUUCACCUAAUUGUAAACAUAAACUGAAAUCAAGGGUUUACUCACGAGUACCUAAGGCAAGAAUAAGAAUGUCGAGGAAUGCAUUACGAAUAAUGAAUAGUUCAGAUGAAGAAGAUGAUGAUGACGGUGUUGAGGAAGUGUUUCAAGUGGUUGAACAGCCGCAUGAAGGAAAUGGGGAAGCUGAAGAUGGUUCGGGGAGUGAAGGACCUGAUAGAGGUGAUGAGAGGGGGCCUGAUGACGAUGGCGGAGAUGGUGGAGAUGAUGAUGAAGUCCAGGAGUCGGAGCUGGGUAGUAGUCAAAUACAUAGAAGAAAUACCGGAAGGGAUGAAAGACUGCGCGUGGUACCUGUUAUUUCCGAGGAAGAGGAGACGGAGGAACCACAAGAAUCGACAAGGCAAGAAAAUGAAGAACACGGAAAUGCACCUGAAGAGAUUAUUGACGAAGGAGGAGAUCAGGCUGAAACUAAUGGAGAUACAAGAAAAGAAAGCGUCGAGCCAGAGCAAAGAAGAGACGAGUCAGAUUUAUUUAUUGAAGAUAGUGACAGUGAAUUCCUUGGCGAAAUGGAUCGAUAUUCAAACAACCGAAAUCCUGUAAUGCACGUCCCCAUGUCAUCAUAUGAUAUGGAUGGGAAACGAAAAGAUUCUGUUAUUUCCGAAACUGACGACACGGUGUCCCAAAGACGAGAAAAUUUGGGUCCGAUACUGAAUCAUAAUAUCCUAAAUCUACUUGUGGAUAUGGAUCAUUUAGAAGAUGAUGUGAUUGUGGUGACACAAAGUAGUGAAAUUCAAAGAAAUGCCGAAGAUGAGAUUAAAAAACAUGUGAGUGUAAACAACCAAUCGACUCAAGAAGUAGGAUCGACAGAAAAAUCACAACUGUUGUCACAACCUACGAAUGGUAAUAGUUCGACUGUGAUUGAAGGAAGUACGGAUUCAUAUAAUCAACUAAUAUUAGCUCCUGCUCGUGUAUCAGGACACAUUAGUUCUGCAUCACAACAAAUCUCCACAAGUGAAGAUCCCAUACAAGAUAGCGCAUCCUUCGGUACGAAUGGUUCUCAAUUAAAGCUACGUUCGAAUCUAUUGACGGCAGUCGUUAACGAUUCUGAGACUUCUGAUAGUCCUUUGUCAUCGCUUGAUUACGAUUCCUUGAAAUUCAAAAUUCCUGAUUUUAUUCCGAAGAGUAGAUAUGGAUGUCAAGAAAAGGAAACUAGGAAUAUUGAAAAUGUGUUGAAUGGAAUUCCUGCACUACAACUUCAUGAUAGUGGAAGGGAGACUUCAGCGGUUGAUCAAGUCACGGCGCUUCAAGUCAAUUAUCAAGGCUCACUUGCAAGAUUACCUGCGAUGCCGGAAACCGUGACAUAUGAUCAAAUCCGAACUGAUCUAGUGAACCCCAGCAGCGCGUCUAGUUCCUGGUCUGCUGGUAAUUCUCAGGAAGUUUAUGAUGAACAAUUUGGUGAUCAGCAACUAACAAAACUCGAAAUGGCAUUGACCCGUAUAUUUUUGCCGCCUCUUGAUGAAGAUGUCAGACAGGAAAAUAAAGACGACACAGAAUCAAACGAACCAACAAGACAGAAUCCAAAACAAGGGGAUUAUAGGAAUCUCGUAGACAAUUUAGAAAAGGUUCCAAAAAAUAAGAAGAAUAAAGCAAAAGCGGCGAAAAAGAGGAAAGAACGACGAUUAAUGAGAAAUUUUAACUCGGGGAGAGAUUGGUACGCUGAUUAUGAUGAUGAUGUCCAACAAGCUCGGAUUAAUUUUUUUAAGCCGGUGGAAACAGCAAUUAUAAAUCCGUAUGUUUCUUCGACUAGUAUGAAAAUCAAUUCACUGUCAUUUGACGCUGUGGAUAUUGACAAGACGUCUGGCCACCAGAAUGGACAAGGCAAUGGUCAUGAUAGGGAGCAAAUGAAUCAAGCUCGUGAAGAAGAAGAUAUCGACAUCGGCCGUGGUGAGUUUGGAAAUAUACCCUCGAGACAAUUAAUUCUUUCUGAAGAUCUUAGCAGUUUCGCUCCGCCGGAAUUCGUCUUAGUUAAGCAUCCCUCGCCAACUAAAUGGAACUAUGUGGGCCCAUAUAGGAUUGUGAAACAAUUGGUAGAUGAUUAUUAUGUCUUACGACUUCUCCCAGAUUCUCCGGUUCACAAUCCAGUGAAGGGGUAUAUGUUGAUGAAAUAUAAUCCAAAAAUUUGGGAUUGGACCGAUGCUGGAGAAGGAAAGAUCGAGUAUUUGAAAGCAAAUAUAUCGAAAAUAGAGAGACUAUUAUGUGUGUAUUUGGAUCAUACUGGCUUAAUUAUUUUUAAAUGUUGCGAUCCAGUACAUGCACACAAAAUUAGAUUGGAAUGGUUGGAUAGUGACCCAGAUUUAAAGUUGCAGUUACUUAAUGGGUGUCGCGAAAUGCUAGUAGCCCUGCUUAAACCUCCAGAUGGAUCCGUCUCCCCAAAACCAAAUGGCUAA